AUGGACGACACCUCAACAACAAACAGCGUAACGUUCCAAGUCCUCUAUCGCAUUCCCUUCCGCUACCUCUACAUACCCGGCCUGUACAUCCUGCUGCUCGGUUUCUUCACUUUCGGCCACGCAUUGCACACGGUGUUCACGCACCAGGACCCAGGCGGAUACUACAAGUUCUUGAUCUGGCUCGUCCUCGUAUUUGGGUUCUGGGUGUCUCAAGCCGGCGCCCAUCUCUGUGUGAUCUGGCUUACCUUCAGGGACCUGCAGUUCCCAGAUGUGAGAGGGAAGCACAUAGUCAUGACCGAUUCUGCAAAGCGCACAAACAAAGUCCUCCGAGGUAUCGCUAAGCUCAUUCCGUGGCGCUACGCGUAUAUACCUGGUCUGUUUCUCGUCGUUUUCGACAUCUUCAUUCUUACACAUUCACUGCGCCUGCAUUGGGCGCAUUUUGGUCCUGCGGAUUGGGAUACGAUGCUACACGUUCACUUUCGCACGGUGCAGGGAGUGUGUCUUGAAUUGGCAGGUUUUAUUGUUUGUAUGGGGUCGUAUGUCUUCAAGGGUGUGGAACUGGAGGAUGCGGAAGAGAUGGAACAGAAGGGCCAGGAUAUCAGUAAUGGGGACGCUUUUGAACGGAAGGUGAGAGUUUCAAGCGAGCAUGACGAUGCUCGUUGA